AAGCGUGUUCGGAAAAUGCGAGAAAUAGCGAAGAAAAUUGCGUCAAAUGCGAGAAAUUUUUGUUCUAAAGUCGAUUUUUCGACAUGUGAAGCUAAAAUUCAUCCGUUGAAGGGCGUUCGAGUGUUGGAUUUGACUCGAAUUAUCGCUGGACCCUUUUGUACGAUGAUUUUGGGUGACCUUGGAGCAGAUGUCAUUAAAGUUGAGAAGCCUGGCGUUGGCGAUGAAUCACGCAAAUGGGGACCUCCGUUCUUGCCAAACAGCACAGAUUCGGUUUAUUUCUUGGCAUCCAAUCGAAACAAAAGAAGCAUUUGUGUCGAUAUGAAGCGUGGAAAAGAAAUUCUCCAUGAGCUCGUUCGUCAUUCGGAUGUUUUGGUUGAAAAUUAUGUACCCGGAAAGCUGAAAAAAUUCCAUCUCGAUUACGAGUCUUUGCGAAAAAUCAAUCCGUCGCUCAUUUAUUGUUCCAUUACGGGAUACGGCGAUGAAGGUCCUUACGCUUCUCGUCCCGGAUAUGACGUCAUUGCAGCUUCCGUCGGCGGUUUACUCGAUAUUACAGGCCCCGAAGACGGAGCUCCGUGCAAAGUUGGUGUCGCAAUGACAGAUUUAGCAACUGGUUUGUAUGCCCAUGGAGCGAUUCUCGCCGCAAUUUUACAUCGCAACGCCACGGGAAUGGGUCAAAAAAUCGAUGCGAACCUCCUUUCGACGCAAGUUGCGAGUUUGAUCAAUGUUGGAAGUAAUUUCUUGAAUGCCGGCAAAGAAGCGCGUCGAUGGGGCACCGCUCAUGAGAGUAUCGUGCCGUAUGAAGCUUUUAAAACGAGUAGCGGAUAUUUGACUGUUGGCACAGGAAGCGAUUCACAAUUUAAAUCUUUGUGUAAAUUGAUGAAAGUUGAAAAUUUGGCUGCGGAUGAGAAAUAUUUGACGAACAAAGAUCGUGUGGCGAACAGAAAAUCCCUUAUUGAAGCACUUUCGAAGAAAUUUUCGGAAAAAUCGAACAAAGAAUGGAUGGAAAUCUUUCAUGAUGCGCCAUUUCCUGUUGGUCCCAUAAAUUCCGUGAAGGAAGUUUUCGAAGAUGAACAUGUAAAAGCGAUAAAUUUGGUGAAAAACGUAAAACAUUCAAAAGCGGGAAAUGUUAAAGUAGUUGGACCUCCCGUAAAAUAUUCAAAUAUUCGAAAUGACGUCAGAACAGCUCCUCCUGCACUUGGCGAACACACAGAAGAAGUUUUAACGGAGAUUCUUGGAUACAAAAAAGACAAAAUUGAAGAGUUAAAAACUCAGGGAAUCGUUCAAUGAUGAAAAAUUGCAUUUUU